AAUCUCGGGGCGGGCUCUUUCAACAGUGCAUUUAUCAAUACAGCAGUUGGACGAGUUUUGUAAUCUUGACUGAAAUAGGGCGGGUUUGCUUUUGCUCCAGAUAACUUUCAUUUUUAGUGGGAUUUUCUUAAAUAUAAUUUAUACCGCUACGACAAUUUGAAUACGAUGCUCGCGGUUUUAUUUAUUUGCGGAGGACUCGUCGCUAUUUACCUGCUGAUGUGCGUCACGGUUUUGAAAAUACCCAAAUGUAAAAGCACAGCCAAACUGCACGGGAAAACUGUCAUUGUGACGGGAGCAAACACGGGUAUUGGUAAAGUUACAGCUCUGGACCUGGCGAGGAGAGGAGCUCGGGUGAUUUUAGCCUGCAGAAACGAAAGCAAAGGCCUGUCUGCGGCCGCAGACAUCAAAGGGGAAACUGGAAACAAUGAUGUGUUUUAUAUGCACUUGGAUCUGGCAAGCCUGCAGUCUGUGAGAUCAUUCGCUGAUAACUUUCUCAAGAAAGAAUCCAGAUUGGAUAUCCUCAUCAACAAUGCUGGUCUUUUAGCAGGUGGCAAAACUGAAGAUGGCUUUGGAAUGAUCUUCGGUGUCAACCACCUCGGUCACUUCCUUUUAACCUCGCUCCUGUUGGAUCGACUAAAAGAGUCCGGUCCCAGCAGAGUUGUCACUGUCGCUUCACUGGCUCAUUUGUGGGGGAACGUUGACUUUAACUGCAUCAACACUCAUAAAGAUUUGGGGUUGGGAAAUUCAUCGAUGGUCUUGUUGAAGCUGUACGGUCACAGCAAACUUUGCAAUAUGCUCUUCACUCACGAGCUGGCCAAGAGACUGAAAGGCACUAACGUUACCUGCUACAGUCUUCAUCCAGGAGCCAUCAAAACUGACAUCAACAAUAACUGCAGCUUAUUUUGGAGGCUGAUCAUGAUCCCAGCUAUGUUUCUUUUCUAUACGGAUGUGCAAUCUGGAGCUCAGACAUCUCUUUAUUGUGCACUUCAGGAGGGUCUGGAGCCUCUGAGCGGAUGCUACUUUUCCCAGUGUGAUGUGGGAAAGGUUCCUGCUAAAGCCAGGGAUGAUGCCGUAGCUAAAAAACUUUGGGAAGUCAGCGAGAGCCUCUGUGGUUUAGCAUAAUAUGUACCACCAUAGUGAAUUGCAUUUGCACAAAUUCAGGGGCACCGGUGUACAUCUUCAAUAAAAAAAACAUUAGACUUCAUUCAUAAAUAAUUGUGCAUUAAUUGUGUGCUAAAAAUAAAGUUCUCAUACACAUUUUCUUCCUGUUUCACAACAGCUAUUCUCAUAAAUGAGCACAUAUCCAUAUAAGGGCUUUCCAAACAACCUCCCAAUACAGCUAUUUGUUAUUCUUUGUAAACCCGUCUUUAAAGACGCAAUCUCACCUGAGAACACACAAAGGAACACCUACAAAAACCAAGUGGUUUCUUUUCAAAACCACUUAUACAAACAAAAGACCUUUUAUAAAGUUUAAUUAUAACAAUCUUUUUGUUUCUUAAAUAGUUUUGUAGGAUUGCUAAGUGUAUUUCUCAAAAUACAUUUAUGAACAAAA